AUGGCAGAUGUCAGAAUUCCGGUACUCAUCAUAGGAACAGGCCCUUCUGGCUCCACUGCAGCAUUACUAUUGGGUCGUCUUGGAAUCAAGACCAUAGUUGUCUCGCGCCACAGAUCGACAGCAAACACUCCCAGAGCACAUAUCUUCAAUCAAAGAGCCAUGGAAGUCCUUCGAGAUGCAGGCCUUGAGGCAGCAGUGGCACCAUAUGCAAGCAACGCCCGCCACAUGAUGCAUUCGUCAUGGCUUCACUCUCUCGCUGAUGAAGAAUACGGUCGACUCUGGGCUUGGGGUAACAAUCCCGCGCGCUUGGGAGAGUACGCGACAGCCAGCCCCUGUGAGAUGUCUGAUCUGCCACAAAGCAGACUAGAGCCAGUACUGGUUGAGUACGCGAUCAAAGCAGGAGCUGAAUAUCGGUUCUAUACCGAGUUUGUGUCGCAAGAGGCAACGGCUGACGGUGGGAUUCGGACGACUCUCAAAGAUAGAUGCACUGGACACACCUAUGAUGUACGGUCAGGUUACUUGCUGGGGGCUGAUGGCGCAAGGAGCGUUGUCCUGGAUAGCCUGGGGAUCACUGUAGAUGGCAAGCAGCUGAACACCGCGUUCAACGUUCACAUCAAGGCGGAACUCUCGAAAUAUAUUGCCCACCGGCCAGGCUCCCUCAAUUGGAUUCUCAACCCGGAAGCACCAGACUGGUCUGCUGUCGGCAAUUUCCGCAUGGUCACGCCUUGGAAUGAGUUCGUGGUCUCGAUGCACCCUGCCGACAAAUCGGGAAAGACGUUCGAGCCCAGUAACGAAGACAUAAUCAAGAGACUUCACCAGAUGAUUGGUGACGCAACGGUCCCAAUCGAGAUCCUUUCCAGCUUCCGGUGGACAAUCAACGACCAGGUAGCACGUUCGUGGCAGAAAGGAAAUGUGAUCUGCAUUGGUGAUGCGGUCCAUAGACAUCCACCUAUCAACGGACUCGGCAGUAACACAUGUAUUAGCGAUGCCAUGAACGUGGCUUGGAAGCUAGCCUUCGUCCUCAAGGGCGUCGCUGACUCAUCCAUUCUUGACUCAAUCACCACAGAAAGAAAGCCGGUUGGAGAUGCGAUCGUCAAACGAGCCAACGAGGGUAUGGAAGAUCAGCGAAGGUGGUGGCGUCUCAUUGGUUUGUCUAAGGAUGAGCGAGCGGCCGCAGUGUCUCUUAUGGAACAGCCAACACCUGAAGGUCGCCGGCAGAGAAGAGAGUUUCGGUCCGCAUUGGAGAAGCUCGAUGACGAACUCAAUGCUCUAGGCAUCCAGAUGAACCAGAUCUAUGUCGGCUCGCCGUUAGUGUACGCCGAGCCUGACGACGAGCCACCCAAACACGAUGAUGUCGAUCUGGUGAAGCAGCUUGCAGUCAGCACCUAUCCUGGUCACCAUUUGCCGCAUGUUUGGCUUGCAAGAGAUGGUCAGUCUGAUAGAGUAUCGUCGUUGGAUCUUUGCGGGAACGGAUCCUAUACUCUUCUUACUGGAAUCGGAGGCGAUGGCUGGGUCAAAGCUGCAAGAUCACUGCAGGAGCAGAGACCGGGCAUAUCAAUCAAUGUAUUCUCUAUUGGCUGGCGUCAAGAUUUCAUGGACGCCUAUGGCGAUUUCGAGAAAGUGCGAGGAGUGGAAGAGGAUGGUUGCGUUCUUGUGAGGCCGGAUCAUUUCGUUGCUUGGAGAUACCAAUCACUGCCGGAGGAUCCAACGUCCAAACUGUUCAGCGUAUUCCAGCAGAUACUUCCCGCUCCUGUGGCGCGUGGAUAG